AAAAAAAAUAAUAACAAUAAAAAAAUCCUUUCACCUCUCUCACUGCAUGAACAUUCAAUAAAUGGCACACUUCAUGAGAGUUGGGCAUUCGAAAUUUCCAGAGAGCUAAGCAACCAAGCAACAACAAUGGAUGCUUUCUCUUCCUCAUUCGUCUGUUCAUCUUUAUCACCAAAUCUUCAAACUAUCAACAUCCCUUCAUUGAAUUUCCCUGCCGUAUCACGCGUCACCAUCUGCAAAAAUCUUGAAACCAUCAAAAACGAAAAAGCACCUCCACCGACUCAAGCAACCGAUCAACAACCCAAGAAAAGCAACCCACCAUUACUGUCACUCAGAGGAGCUGUAUUUGAUGCACUGGAUACGUUGAUAAACACAUCCAUCGAUCCUCCGGACCGCCACCGCGGCACCUCCUUCGAUCCCAACUGCAUCCUCUCCAACAACUAUGUUCCGGUGGAUGAGCUCCCUCCGACCGAAUGCCCGGCGGUAGAAGGAGCGCUUCCGGCAUGCCUCGACGGCGUAUACAUUCGUAACGGACCCAACCCACAAUUUUUUCCCCGGAGUCCUUACCAUUCACUCGAAGGGGACGGAAUGCUUCAUUCCAUUCGGAUUUCUAAAGGAAAAGCCACAUUCUGUAGCCGUUAUGUGAAAACUUACAAGUACAUCACUGAAAGAAACGCCGGAUUUCCAAUCAUUCCCAACUUCUUCUCUAUCCUCAGUGGCGGGAUCGCAGCCGGCGCGGCUCGAUGGGCUGUCGCAGCCGCUAGAAUUCUUACGGGACAGUUCAGUAUUCUAAAAGGCAUGGGGUCGGCAAACAUCAGCGUAGCCCUGAUUGGGGGUAAGCUUUACGCUUUGGGCGAAGGUGAUCUUCCUUACGAAAUAAAGUUAGAGCCUAAUGGAGAUAUCAUCACUUUGAGGCGUCAUGAUUUCGGGGACAGGUUUAAUACCACCAUGACUCCUCAUGCCAAGAUUGAUCCGGAAACGAAAGAAGCUUUUGCUUUUAGGCUCGGUUACGUAUUUCCUCCAUUUCUAACGUUUUUCAGAAUCAAUCCCGACGGAAACAAGGGGCCCGACGUGCCAAUUUUCUCGAUGAAAACAUCGUCUUGUACGCAUGAUUUGGCAAUCACGAGUAGGUACGCAAUCUUUCCGGAUAUACAAAUCGGGGUGAACGUACUCAAGGCCAUCACGGGAGGCCGGCCAACGUUGGGUUUGGAUCCGAGAAAGAUUCCACGGAUCGGAGUCCUUCCGAGACACGGGGAGGAUGGACGGGAAAUGAGGUGGUUUGAUGUUCCGGGAGUUAAUUUUCUGCAUAUGAUCAAUGCUUGGGAGGAAGGCGAAGGAGGUGAUACUGUUGUGAUGGUUGCGCCUAAUGUGUGGCCGAUUGAGCAUUUCAUCGGCCGUAUGGAUUUGGUUCAUGCGUCCAUUGAGAAACUCAAGAUUGAUCUCAAGACUGGGAUAGUGUGGAGACGUCAAAUUUCGUCAUGGAAUUUGGAAUUUGCAGUCAUUAAUCCGGCUUAUGUCGGCAAGAAAACCAAAUAUGUGUAUGCAGCAAUUGCAGUCACAGACCUAGUCCCAGUUAUUUCUGGUGUAGCGAAAUUAGAUAUAUCGUUGUCUCAAGAUGAUGACCAUCACGAAUGCGUCGUUGCCAGCCGGUUGUACGGACCAAGUUGGAUUGGAGGCGAACCGUUUUUCGUGGCGAGGGAGCCCGAUAACCCAAAUGCGGACGAAGAUGAUGGUUAUGUCAUAUGUUUUGUCCACGAUGAAAAUAAGGGAGUGUCAAGUUUCUUGGUGAUGGAUGCUAAAUCACCUAAUCUUGAAAUUGUUGCUGUUGUCAAGUUGCCUCGUCGGGUUCCAAGCGGUAUCCAUGGCCUAUUCAUUAGGGAAAAUGACCUUCCCUGACUCACACGACUCAAUAACAAGUUGUCCCAAUGAAACAUAUUAACACUUUGAGUCGUUUUCCUUUUUCCUUUUUGGUUUUUGUUAGUUCAAAAUGCGUCCACAAAUCACCUGAAUUUGUAUACCAAAUGAUACAAUAUAGUUUAUGACGUUUCUUCAC